GUGUGGUAGAUCGCGGAUCAAUUUCGUUAGAUUCGUGUCGCGCUCCAUCGCGGCAGGUAGAUUUGCAGAAAGCUUGAUUCUCGACUCCGACAAUCGUGCGACGAGGCCGCCGCGAUACAUGUGUUUCGGCGAUCGAGCAACGGGCCAGCAGUCGAUGGCACAGCGGCAAUAAUGUAACGAAUCUCGGCGUGCGCGGGGCAUGCGAACUCCGAUCUCGUCGUGUGAUUAUCGGUACGUAUGUACAAGUCGAUUGUUUACGUGCAGUGUUGUGUAGUAAGGUAACGAUCGUCCUAAGACGUAUGUGUUGCUCUUUCAUGUUACAACGUGCGGCAACGGGCGCGAGUGGCAUCAGUGUGAAGUUCGUUGAGUGUGUUGUGUACGGUCGACGAGCCUCUCUCGCGACGUGCUUCGUGCCGUUCGUACGCGUACUCCUUCGUGUGACGUCAUCGUCAGGCCGCAAGUUCUCUUUGCACGUACGUCCGAGUUUUCGUGAGUAACCUGCAGUGAGACAAACGUUCGAACGAGACAGCGAAAUCGCUCGGAGACGCGGGCGUUUUUGUUGUUGCGGGAUUGCAUGAAGGUUGAGGUUAAUUCACUCCGCGCGAGUCACCGCAAUCUUCGUUGUGCCAACGCAUCGCGCUCCAACUCGUGUACUAUCAUCGAUGUCGAACAACUCGUAUGCGUAACUACUUCGGAGUUUUCGUGUGCGACACUGAAAUAAAAACGUUCCGAUGGAAUAUUGAUCUACGCAUUCUGGAUCUAACCUCGCGCGGUCGUGUGUCUCUUUCGCUUCGUGAUGAUGUCGCUUCGCCGGAUGAGUUCCGUCAACGAAGUGUCGCGCGUAGCUUCGAUAAUUAGCGCGCGAUCGCAAUUAAUCUCUUGUCGCGAGUGUUGUGUUGUGCAUUGACGAAAUCCGGGAGAGGAGGCGGAGGUCCGAGGGGCGUCGGGCAACGGCGGAGCAACCCUUUGGUGAACGUGGCCUUACUAUUCCGCUGAUGUGCGUCGAGAGUGUCGUCGAUCGAGAGCGUGAAGACGGACCUCUUAUUCAACGCAGCGGAGCUUGAGUAUUGUUGGGAAGGAUGAGCGUUCCAAGCAGCGCACUUUUACUUCACUCACCAACCGACAAAGGUCCACUGACAUUGCCGCGAGGAUGCUCCGGCAUUUCGAUCUCCACGAAUUGGAUAUUGACCCACGGUGCCGCGUUAGGCUCGAUUGUCGACAAAUCCCAUGAGGUCUCGAGCUUCAUCACGAACAUGGUACCGGGAGAACUCACGAUGGUGCCGAGAGAACUUACAAACGAGUUGAAAUUUCGAGUCUAUCGCAAUGACGAUCUUGGAUCAAGCUCAAUUAAGGAACAUCGCGGCGUGACCGUGGUCGCCUGGAGGUGUUCGCUUCUGAAGAAGACCUUCGACGAGUUCUUCGCAACGUGGAACUUUCUCAAAUCGUCCGAGUUCGAUCGGUCGCUGCGGUCAGUUUUCCUGCUCGUCCGCAUUUACGAUGAUGCCGACGAGUCGAUCGUGGAAACGUCGGUCGAACAAGCCCUGUCUUGUCUGCUGGACCAAGCUCCGCGGAAUCUUGUCCGCGGAUCGUCCGUGGAAAUCGAGUCGACGCCCUUCGGCAAUCCCGUAUUCAUCGGCUCGAUCGCGCGCGGUGUUAUCAGCAACCUUGUCGGCGACGAAGACUGCGUUAUCAUGACGGAUGCGUACGCGGUUCCCGGUGGCGAGGGUGGUCCCAUUUAUAUCAUCUCGCCGGAUUGCAAACGCAGAAUUAUCAGUGGCAUGGUGAUCGCAUCGUUGAGCUGGUGUCGUGGGGAAUGGGUAGAUUAUACUUUCGCCGCCAAUCUUGCGCCGUGUGUGCUCAACAUUUUACGGAAGAAGCAUCCUUGUUCUCCGGUCGUAAAUAGCACAUAUGAAAAUGCAGAUGCGGCGUUAGAUAGAGGCGUCGUGCUCGUUAGAUGUGGAAUUAGUUGGGGAACAGGCAUCCUCGUGGAUAAGGAUACUGGUAUAUUCCUGACGUGCUCGCACGUCGUCGCGGAGGUGCCAGAAAGGGAGAUAUCGAUUGUGAUGAGGCCGUAUAAGCCCAAUUUACGUGUUCAGGCGAAACUGUUGUACAGAACUCCGGAGAAUCAGCCGUAUGACGUCGCUGUAUUGAGGGUGGACCCGCAGAACGUGGAUCCGUUGUUGAAAUCUGUACGUCUGUCCCAGGCUCCGAUUUUUAAGGGCGAGCCGGUGGUCUCCGUAGGAUUUCCGUUCUCCUCAUCCAUUCGGCCGACUAUCAGCAGCGGCGUGAUCUCCAAGUCGAUGGACUGCGCGCUCCUGACGACCUGUUGCGUCCAGAGCGGUGCCAGCGGCGGGCCGAUCAUCAGCCGGACAACCGGUGACAUGCUGGGAAUGGUCGUGUGCAACUUACUCUCCUCGGACGGCACCGUGCUCUACCCGCGGAUGAGCUUGGCGGUGCCGGCCAUCACGCUGAGCGGGCCCCUACGGGAAUACUUGCGCACUGAUAAUCCCGACGUAUUCCGAGCUUUCACGUGCGCCGACGCGGUGGUACGCAAGAUCUGGGACUUCUACCCUUUCCUGCCGGCCAAACUCUGAAUGGCUUGCACAGUGUAGUGCAAAUUCCAGGUCCAGGCUCAAUAAUCGCACGCAGGUCUCUUUGCUAUUUGAUGCGCGCUAUUUUUCGUAACGCGACUCUACCAUUUAUCACGAAUAAACAUAUUGGAUUAUUUGAAUUGCGGAAUGCUUGUUUCUGACAAUAAGUCACCCUGGACCCUGCCGAUUUCAGGCUUGACGGGUCGCAAGCAUAAUCUCGCGUCGAAUCUCGUUGAAUAAUGUACGCCAUUGACCGAGUUUAAUGCAAAGAGAAAGUUUUUCGUGACGUCAAAUGCAGUGAUCAGCGCGCAAAAGCGCACACGAGUCAACGAUUCCUGGGUACAUGCUGAGAAUUUCGUUGAGGAAUAAUAUUCCAUCGUACAUCUUCACAUCUAGAAUCUUCGCAUCUAGAACGAUGCUGGUAUACUUUGCGAGAACUGCAUUUAUAUUUUAAAAAAAGUCAAAAUUAUAAUAAAAAAGAAACGUAAUUCCUA